GGUAAAUACUGCUUGCUGUAUUUUGAUGUUGGUGGCUAAACUUAUCCAGUAUAUUGUGUUUGGCCCUCUUCGAGUGAGUGAGAGACAGCACCUGAAAGAUAAAUUUUGGAAUUUUAUUUUCUACAAGUUCAUUUUCAUUUUUGGUGUGCUGAAUGUCCAGACCGUGGAAGAGGUGGUUAUGUGGUGUCUGUGGUUUGCUGGACUUGUUUUUCUGCAUCUGAUGGUUCAGCUCUGCAAGGACCGGUUUGAAUAUCUUUCUUUUUCCCCUACCACACCAGUGAGCAGCCAUGGCCGAGUCCUGUCUCUGUUGAUUGCUAUGCUACUUUCCUGCUGUGGGUUGGCGGUUGUUUGCUGUGUCACUGGCUACACCCAUGGAAUGCACACCUUGGCUUUCAUGGCUGCAGAGUCUCUUCUUGUGACAGUGAGGACAGCUCAUGUGAUUUUACGAUAUGUAAUUCAUCUGUGGGACCUAAACCAUGAAGGGACUUGGGAAGGAAAGGGAACCUAUGUCUAUUACACUGAUUUUGUCAUGGAACUCACUCUGUUGUCCCUUGAUCUCAUGCACCACAUUCACAUGCUGUUAUUUGGCAACAUCUGGUUAUCCAUGGCCAGCUUGGUCAUUUUUAUGCAGCUGCGGUACCUAUUUCAUGAGGUACAGCGUCGAAUCCGUCGGCACAAGAACUAUCUGCGCGUGGUUGGGAACAUGGAAGCCAGGUUUGCGGUUGCAACACCAGAGGAGCUGGCCGUUAAUAAUGAUGACUGUGCAAUCUGCUGGGACUCCAUGCAGGCCGCAAGGAAACUGCCCUGUGGACAUCUUUUCCACAAUUCCUGUCUUCGUUCCUGGCUAGAACAAGACACCUCCUGUCCAACAUGCAGAAUGUCUCUUAAUAUUGCUGACAAUAAUCGAGCCAGGGAAGACCAUCAAGGAGAGAAUUUAGAUGAGAACUUGGUUCCUGUAGCAGCUGCUGAAGGCAGACCUCGCUUAAAUCAACACAAUCACUUCUUCCACUUUGAUGGGUCCCGGAUUGCAAGCUGGUUACCGAGUUUUUCAGUUGAAGUGAUGCACACCACCAACAUUCUUGGCAUUACGCAGGCAAGCAACUCCCAGCUUAAUGCAAUGGCUCAUCAGAUUCAGGAGAUGUUCCCCCAGGUUCCAUACCAUCUUGUGCUGCAGGACCUCCAGCUCACACGCUCGGUUGAAAUCACAACAGACAACAUCCUAGAAGGGCGCAUUCAAGUACCUUUUCCUACUCAGCGAUCAGAUAGCGUUAGACCUGCAUUGAACAGUCCUAUUGAAAGGCCCAGCACUGACCAAGAAGAGGGAGAAAGCUCUACUCAGACCGAACGUGUGCCCCUGGACCUCAGUCCUCGCCUGGAGGAGAACUUGGACUUCAGUGAGGUGGAAGUGGAAUCCUGCGAGGUGGAAGACUUUGAGGCCCGAGGCAGCCGCUUCUCCAAGUCUGCUGAUGAGAGACAGCGUAUGUUAGUGCAACGUAAGGAUGACCUCCUGCAGCAGGCUCGGAAGCGGUUCUUGAACAAAAGUUCUGAAGACGACACAGCCUCAGAGAGCUUCCUCCCCUCAGAAGGCGCGUCCUCUGACCCUGUGACCCUGCGUCGGAGGAUGCUGGCCGCGGCUGCUGAGCGCAGGCUUCAGAAGCAGCAGCGGUCCUAGCACCUGCACAUCUCUACAGCUGCUCCUUGAGUCUGCCUGGAAGAGGCUAUCUGGGUUCCGCUUGCUGUGGGAAGAAGCAGGCUUGACUGCAUUGCUACUGUAUAAAGCAUGUAGUCUUAAUAGUAUUUGGACAGCUGAGAAAUUUAACCCUCCUUUGUAAUAGUUUAUAUGUGAUAUUUCUCUUCCCUGUAGAAACACGCACAUUUUAACUCUAGGCAUGAUCUUUUUUGGCAUGGACUGGACUUUUUGGGGGUGGGUGAUGAUCAAGAGGAAGCAGGCAGACACCUGCCCACAUAAGGCAUCUUUGCCACUUCCUAUAUAAGUCACAACCCAUGUUGGUGUGUCCUUAGCUUCACAUCUGGCAGGAAAUGUGUGUGCUGGGGAAGAUACCUAAAAGCAGUGAGGAGGUAUCCAGCAUGAGUCUCACUCCAUACCAUAGGAGGAUAGCUGUUGUCAAACUCUGUCCAUAGGGAAGGAGCACUGAGAAUGUUCCAGAGGCCGGCCCAUAGGCUCCUGGACCUCUCAGCCAGUGGAGCAUUUUGUAAUAAGAACUCCUGGUUUGAUACCUGCAGCAGAAGGGGAAAGUCCAGGACUGCAGAAUUCUAGGAGGUGACCCCUUUCCUCUGACAUUUGGGACUGACCUGAGUCCCUGAUUCACAGCUGGCUUUAUUUCCAUUCACUCUGGUGCUCCUGCAUCCCAUAUGCUUGCCCCAGGCCUCUUUCCUCUCCUGUUUCCUUGCUCCCUCUGGACAUUUGAAAGAGCUAAGUAGCAAGCUUUGGUUUAUGGUUUUGAUUGCUUGGUUAGGUAAUUAGGCAAUGACAAAGCCUGUAGGUUUGGUGCUUGGGGAAGGUAUGGGCCUUGCAAGAUGGAAGAGUAAAUUCUUGGAAGACAUCAUUGAAGAGAUAAAAGAUACGUUUGAUAUAUUUCUUCCCUGGAGUCAUUUUCAAGCUUUGUGUCUACUGGUUUAAACAUCGGUAAAAUGUUGAACCCACAUGCCUUGAAGCAGACCCAGGUCAUGUAUCUUUUCUAAUUCUUCAUGCAUUUAACUUUAAGGAUUUGAAAUGCAGUUGUAAUUACAUAAUUCAGUUUUCUGUCCCAUUGGAUUUUUUUUUUCAAUGUUUGAAAGCAUAGUUUUAUGGUAGUCCUCUGGGAAGAAUCCAGUAUUAUCUAAAAUUAUUGGCAAAGUUAAAUGUAUUUUACAUAACAAAGUUUUUAGAAUGUUGACAAGUAAUUGAAAAAAGGGUGAUAAGUGAAUAUGUAGGCAGAAAUAAUUUAUUUCAAUAAGUCUUUCAAAAGCCUUACCUUGAAAUGCUGUUAGUAAAUUUGUGAUUUUUUAAAAAUUUUGUUUUGCUGAGAGCAUAGCUAUUUGUUUUUAUUGUAAAACAAUGAUAACAAUAAAAAGCAAACUCUUCUAGUGUGCUGUG